AUGGCACAAAUAAAACAGCAACGGAAAAUUAGUAUCGAAGAUUCUGAUGAUAUGAAAAGAAAACAGCUUCAUACUGCACGUCAACUUGAAAAUUCAUUUCGUAUUAAUUCAUCUACAAAAUCGGUUAGUUAUUUCGAAGAUUUAUCUAAUGAUAUUAUUUAUGAAAUAUUUGAAUAUUUUGAUUUUGAUUAUAUCUAUAAAACUUUUUCGAAUCUUAAUCAACGAUUUGUAAAUCUUAUUAUCAAUUCAAAUCUUCCGAUUAACAUCAAUAUUUCAUCUAUAUCAAAAUCAACAUUUCAACGUUAUUAUACAGAUAUAAUUAUACCUAAUCGACAUCGAAUAAAAUCACUUCGAAUAACAAAUUCAUUUGCUGUUGAUAUUAUUUUAUCACCACAAGACAAUAUAUCAAAAUUAACUCGACUUGAAACACUUAUUUUUACUAAUAUUUCAUCGUCAUAUUUUCAUAAUUUUCAAUAUUUGAUUAAUCUACCAAAAUUAUCUUCAUUAACCAUCGUUUAUAAGGGUUAUAAUAAGAUUGAUCAAGCUGAAAUUUAUCAUCAAAUAUUUCAACUACCAGUUUUAAAGUAUUUUAAUGUAUUAUUGGGAGUGCAUUCUACGCCUAUAGUAUCAUCAUUGUCAUUUGCUACCAAUAAAUAUAGUUCAAUUGUACAUCUCGUUAUUAAAAGUAAAAUUGAACUUGAUAAACUUUAUAUUAUAUUAUCGUACGUUCCUCAAAUUCGUCGUUUAUCGAUUUCUAUGUUACUGGAACCUAAAAAAAGACAAAAUAUAACAUUUCCGAUUACAUUGAACAAUUUAAUAUAUAUAUAUCUUGAAUUACAGUCUUUCGGUUUUCAUGAUUUUGAACUAUUGGCUAAAGAUCUCUUUUAUAAUCUUCAAGUAUUACGUCUCUAUACUAGUAAACAAAUAACAUAUUUAGAUGCAAAUCGAUGGCAAAAUUUAAUAUUAUCACAUAUACCAAAUUUAACAAUAUUCGAUUUACAAUAUAUGUAUUUUGCAGAUUAUGAAGACAAUAUGAUAUCUAGUUAUGAAAAUCUAAUAAAAAACUUUACUACUUCAUUUUGGACUGAACGACAAUGGUUUUUUUCUACUCAACAUUCUCUUGGAUUCGAUGCAGAGGAUUUGCUUUUCUUUUCAGUGAAACCAUAUAAAAGAACAACAUUUGUAUUAGGUGGAGCAAUUGAAGAAAAAUUAAACUUUGAUUCUGUUCAUCAUAUUCAGAUAUGUAACGAUGCAUCCACAAUCAACAAGUGUAGAAAUUAUUUUCCAAAUACUACGAAAUUAAGUUUCAUACAUUAUUCGGCUCCAACUGGCAAUUUUAUAGAUAACAGUUUACCGUAUAUUAUUUCUUUAGAACAACUUACUGAAAUAGUUGUUGAAGAUGUAUCUAUAUCUUUUAUGGAAUUAGUUAAAUUAUUAAGUGUUGCAGUAAAUCUUCAUAGAUUAGAAUUUGAUUCUAUAUCAAUUGAUGAAAUAAAUCCUGUCACAAUUCAGCAAGAUGUAAUUUUCCAGUUGGUAUCCAAGACAAAUGUUGUUAAAGAUCUGACAUUGGUAAAUGACAAUUGUUCAUUGGAAAAAGCUGAAUUAUUAUUUGCCUUAUGUCCACGAUUACAUAAUUUUGAAUUAUAUGAUGGUUGCAUUCCUUUUAUAAUAAGUCUAAUGAAAUUAAUUUUGUCAAAAACUAAUAACAAUAAUCGUCAUUUAUCUUCUUUGUGUUUUUUUAUAAAGAAGACUGAUGAAACGGAAGAAAACUUGAAAAUGGCGAUUAAACAUGAUGAAUUACUUGAUGACUAUAUGGUGGGGUGUAUUGAUAAAAAAUUAUAUAUCUGGUGGUAA